UCACUUGAAAUUAUCUUAGUGUCAUCAGAAACUAUAUUUGACUAUGACAUUAAACCGAACCAGCGUGAUUAUUUCGAGAUGCCCAUUGAAUUUCGAAGAAAUCAGGAUAAUGAAAUAGAUGAUUUUAAAAGUGAUAUGUGGUGAGCUUAUCGUCAUAUUAAAAUGAAAAUUCCCGUUAAAAUAUGCGAAUACUCGCUCCUUUGUAAUCAAAUCAUACAACGAUCGUCUUCAAAACCCAUUACAGCUACUCAACUUUACUCAAACAAUUUAUUUCAUAUAUGCCUCAAAUAAAAGUACAAAGUACUCUGUUUUUGUACUUAAGUACAAGUACAAAAGUAUUUAUCUCGAAGUACAAGUAUAAGUACCAAGUAUUUUUCUUAAAGUAUAAGUACAAGUAUCAAGUACAUUUUUGUAAGUACAAGUAUAAUACUUUUACUUGAGGUACUUGUACUUGUCCUAGCCCUGAAGGUCAAGAACGAAGAGCAUCUCCUGUUCAACAAACACAAACACGAUUCGACCAAUCGAGACAGCACCAACACGACCAAACUAAAUUACAACAGCUUCGAGGUAGAGCAGUUAAUAAUCGAUCAAUGCGGGUUAUGGUGGAUACGGAAUCAUCAGGCAGUUUUAUUAGUACAUCAGCAUUAUUAAAAUUAGGAUAUUAUCAGCCAUUCACCAAGGUAAAGGAGUAUUGGCUAGCGGAUGAUAUCAUUCCUCUUGAAGUUUUAGGCAUGGUGAAAUUAACGGUUAAAAUAGGUGGUAUCAUAACAAAAAUUCAAGCAUCGAUCACAAAAACAUUAACCGCUGAAUAUAUUUUAGGAAGUGACUGA